AUGGGCUCUGUGUCAAACCAGCAGUUCGCAGGUGGCUGCGCUAAGGCGCCGGAGGAGGCGCCGGAGGAGGCGCCGGAGGACGCGGCCCGCGCGGCGGAGGAGCCGCAGCUGCUGCACGGUGCCGGCAUCUGUAAGUGGUUCAACGUGCGCAUGGGGUUCGGCUUCCUGUCCAUGACCGCCCGCGCAGGGGUCGCGCUCGACCCCCCGGUGGAUGUCUUUGUGCACCAGAGUAAGCUGCACAUGGAGGGCUUCCGGAGCCUGAAGGAGGGGGAGGCUGUGGAGUUCACCUUUAAGAAGUCCGCCAAGGGCCUGGAAUCUAUCCGAGUCACCGGCCCUGGUGGGGUGUUCUGUAUUGGGAGUGAAAGGCGGCCCAAAGGGAAGAAUGUGCAGAAACGCAGAUCAAAGGGAGACAGGUGCUACAACUGUGGAGGUCUAGACCAUCAUGCCAAGGAAUGCAAACUGCCACCGCAGCCCAAGAAGUGCCAUUUCUGCCAGAGCAUCAGCCAUAUGGUAGCCUCGUGCCCACUGAAGGCCCAGCAAGCUCCCAGCUCCCAGGGAAAGCCAGCCUACUUUCGGGAGGAGGAAGAAGAGAUCCAUAGCUCUGCCAUGCUCCCAGAGGCCCAGAAUUGA